CUCUUCCCGGGGUUCCAAGGUUUUAGCAUCUAACAACACAGACACCAUGGCUACGACCUGUCCGAGCAACAAAACGCUAGCUAUCGUCGGGUCUGGAGCCAACACGGUUACAGGAAACUUGGUCUACAAGUUCGGUGGCAUAGAUUUGCGCAUGCUUGCGAAGCUGCAGGAAAAAGGUAUCAACUCAUACGACAAAGCCGCGCAGAAAUUAAAGGACACCAACGAGGAGUUGUACUUCUACACGCCGCGGCACAGAGUCACUGUCAAAGACCAUAUCCCAUGCGCCGAUAGCCUUCUUGUCGUCGUAACGCCGCCUAUUCAGGCGUCUGAACCAUGUUUUACUGGGAGUACCCUCGACGAGCUUAAGGAGUCGGCACCAUUCUUCGCGAGGAGAAAGGCAGUCAUUCUCAUCGUGAGCCCUGAAGGCCACGAUUCGUCUGAAGGCGUGUACAACAACUUGGUCCGAACUGUUAGGGAUGCGCUUCAACAAGUGGGCAUCUCCGCUGACAGUACUCCUCCGGUGCCAGUUGACCUUCACGGUGGGGGCUUCAUCGAACCGUCCCCCAAGACUCCUUGGUACACCGGCGCCACUCUGAUGGCUGCAAUGGAUGAGAUCUUCUCAUAGGGUGUCGACAAACCAAUGUGUUUAAGGCACUGGGUGAAUUUGACAAGGCACUAUCUUAGAAUGAUGAAAGGUUUGAAUGGCUUUGGACUGCAUUGUGUGGUCGAGAUAUUGUUUCAGAAAGACCUGUGUCCUACAUGAUAGGGGCUCCGCGUGUCGCAGAAAAAUGGCCCUGCGCCUUGCCAUCGGCAUGGAGGGAGACUGUGCUGCAUCCUCCCUGCCUUGCGCAUAUCCCGGAUCUCCGUACGCAAAACAUGAUGCAAGAAGUACUCUUCUCCACACAUUCGGGGACGCUCUCUUUGACAGGACUCAUACGCAUCAGUCGGAUCAUAUCCCAGCUAGUAUUCUCGACGAGCCUCAGCUUCCUUUUGAUACAGUGGCC